UACAUCCCACUCGGUUUUAGAAGCAGCCUUACUCUCUUUCAUCUCUCUAUGCCUUUCCUUUCCUCUUCCACUCCGCCUCCCUCAGAUUGUUUCUCCCCUUUGACCCUUUCUCUCUCUACCUUCUCCAGACAAAUCGUGGAGGCUCUCGAGCUCCAUCAUUGCCAGAAUCUCCUAGCAGAAACCCUCUGCACGCGGUGGAGGAAGGUUUGGGAAGAUCGGGUCUGGUAGGGAGGGAUCAGGGGAGGGGGUGGGUCGGUUUUUUGGAAGAUCGGUGGAUGUAGAGCCUGAAUCGGGAAUCGCGUUGGGAUCCGAGUCUGAUAGGGAGGGAUCAUGGGAGGGAGGUGCGUCGGGUUAGGAGGUGUUUGUGAGAGAAGAGCAGGUGCGAGUCAGAGAGGGAGUGAGCAGUCGAGGUCCUCGUCAAUAUUUCGUAGCCGUCGUGGAAGCCUUCGAAUUCGGAGUCAGCCGCACCUCCGGUCGUAGGAAGUGGAACCUUCUUCAGCUAAUUAAUUAAGUGAGCAACAUGCAAUUAGCAAAGGAAGCCAGGAUCGAAGUAGCCAGAGAGAUAAGUGAUGCAAUCUGUGGAUGUGGACGGCCAUGGAUUUAGUUCAGGAUCAUUGCUUGGUAUAUAUUGUAAGGACUUACUCAGGAGGAGUAAGGACCACGUUGUUAUUAGACAGCCCGUCGCAUAUCUUUUUGCUAAAUUGUGAUGUUUGCUGCAAUUUUCUACUUAAGACAUGCUUGAUGCUCAUAAAGGAUAUAAGGUGAUGGGUACAAUGUUAGUAAUAAAGGUUCAUCUGUAAGUUUCUGCUGAAUCUUCGAACCAGUUUUGGCAGUUGGUUGUUGAUCCUGCCACCAAAGAACUAUUGCAUUAUACUGAGAAGCCGGAGACUUUUGUGAGUGAUUUGAUCAAUUGUGGUCUAUAUGUAUGUACUCCCACAUAUAUUACUGCCAUUCAAGGAGUCUCCAGUCAUCAAGAAGUGUGCAAUGGCAGUUUUUCUUCUAGUGUGAGAGAGACACAAACAGAUGGAUGAUAUUGAAGCUAAUAUCCCCCCUCAUCGAGAAAAGAGACACAAACAGAUGGAUGGUAUUGAAGCUAAUAUCCCCCCUCGUCGAGAAAAGAGACACAAACAGAUGGAUGGUAUUGAAGCUAAUAUCCCCCCUCGUCGAGAAAAGUAUGAUGUGUUUAUCAAUUUCAGAGGUGAGGACACCCGCCUUGGUAUUACCAGCCAUCUUCAUGCUGCCUUACUUCAGAAAAAAAUUGAAACCUACAUAGAUUACAGACUUCAGAAAGGAGAAGAAAUCGGACCUGCCCUUCGAGAGGCAAUCGAGAAAUCCACGCAUUCGGUGAUCAUUUUCUCAAAAGACUAUGCUUCUUCCACAUGGUGUUUGGAUGAGCUUGUGCAUAUACUCGAAUGCAAGGAAAGAUAUGGCCAGAAGGUUAUACCCAUAUUCUACAAAAUCAAACCAUCUUAUGUACGAAAACAACACGGGAGUUAUGCGGGUGCAUUUGCUCAACUUGAAAAACGUUUCAAGGACAGUAUUGAUAAGGUGCACAAGUGGAGGGCUGCUUUGAAGACUGCAGCCGAUCUGUCUGGGUUUGAUUAUUCAAACAAAGACGGGACGGAGGCAGAUCUAAUUAAGAAUGUCGUCGAUCAUAUUUGGACAAAUUUGAAAUGUGAAUCAUCAUGUGAUUUAGAGGAGGGCUUGGUUGGAAUUGAAAGCCACAUCGAGCAAAUUGAAUCGCUACUGGGCAUUCAUUCACAGGACGCUUGCAUCACUGUAGGUAUUUGGGGCAUGGGUGGUAUUGGCAAGACCACCCUUGCUGAAACUAUAUUUCACCGACUCUCUUCUAAAUUCGAAGCUUCUUGUUUUCUUAAAAAUGUCAGGGAGAAAUCAGAACCACCAGAUGGACUAGAUCGCUUGCAAAAUAAACUUCUGAGUGAGAUAUUAGGGGAAGAAGGUCUAUCCAUAGGAUCAAUUGGUGUUCAAAAUAGGCUCAGUCGCACAAAGCUCCUCAUUGUUCUUGAUGAUGUGAGUAGUCCAAUACAAAUGCAGCUUUUAGCUGGUGAUCGUCUUAGGUAUGGCAAUGGAGGUAGAAUCAUUAUCACAAGUAGAGAUAGGGACACACUUAGACAAACUGUUAAAGAGGAUAAUAUCUAUGAGGUUAAGGUAUUAAAACCAAAUGACGCUUUUCAGCUCUUCUGUUUGCAUGCUUUCAAGGAUAACACUACUCGUAGAACAGCUUAUGAGGAGUUGGUGAAAAAGACCGUGGAUUAUGCCAGACGCGUUCCUUUAGCUCUUACAGUUCUGGGGUCCUUGUUCUUCAAUUGCAAGAGCAAAGAAGACUGGGAAGAUGAAUUCAACAAAUUGAAACAAUCUCCCAGUGAAGAUAUCCAGAAAGUGUUGAGAAUAAGUUAUGAUAGAUUGGGAAAAUAUGAGAAGGAGAUAUUUCUGGAUAUAGCAUGUUUUCAUAAGGGGAAGAAAGUGAAUGAGGUAAAGCGAAUGUUAGAUGUUCGUGGAUUCUUUCCAACAUCUGGAAUUAGAAUUCUCAUUGAUAGGUCUCUCAUAUCAAUUUAUUCAGAUAAAUGGAAAGGGGAAAUCAUAGAGAUGCACGAUUCGCUACAAGAAAUGGGAAUGACAAUUGUUCGGGAACAAUGUAUUAAAGAUCCCAAUAAGCGGAAUAGGUUGUUCACGAAUGAGGAUGUCCAUCAUGUACUGAAGAGUAAUACGGAAACUCCAAUUGUUGAAGCCAUUGAACUUAGUACGUAUGAGAGUGAAAAGCAACCAUUGAACUUCAAACUGAUGUCAAACCUAAUAACGCUUAUUGGGCAUACUUUUGGAUUAUUAGACAACAAAUCCGCUGCUUCUCUAGACCUUCCCAAUUCUCUUCGUUACCUUUACUGGUUGGGAUAUUCACUGGAAUCUUUGCCGUCAAAAUUUUCCCCGGAAAAUCUAGUUGAGCUUCAUAUGCCAUGGAGCCGAGUUAAGAAGCUUUGGCAAGAAGACCAGAGACUUGUGAACUUACAAGUGAUCGAUCUGUUUCACUCUAUGUAUCUAACUGAAGUUCCAAAUCUCUCUGGGAGUCUAAAAAUUGUGACCAUAAAUCUCUCUGGCUGUGAAAGUUUGGUUGAAAUUCCUGGGUAUUUUCAAGAUCUUGACGAGCUUACUCAUCUUGAUCUUCAAGGCUGCAGAAGUCUCAAGUAUCUUCCAGAGAUGCCAAGAAAUAUUGAAUACUUGGAUUUAUCUGAGAGUGGUAUAAAGCAGUUGCCCCAAUCAGUUUGGUCUCACGAAAAAAUUUCUUACUUGGGUACAAGUUCAUGCAGAUACCUUGAGAAACUUCCAAGCAACAGGUGUAAGUUGAAAGUUUAUGGUUCAUUUUAUAUAAAUUCCUGCACAUCUCUUGGCGAGUUUUCUGAGCUUCCCAGGGAUAUAAAUGAAUUAUCAUUGGUUAGUUGCACGAGACUUGUGAGUCUACCAACCAACGUUUGUAAGUUGAAAUAUCUCGAGGGACUCAAUCUUUCCAGAUGCUUUAAACUUGAAAACUUCCCAAAGAUCUUGGAGCCAAUGGAACAUUUGAAGUCCUUAAAUUUAAGUGGAACAGCGGUUCAAGAGCUACACUCAUUAAUCGAGUUUCUCCCUGCUCUCAAAAGACUUAUACUAAAACGUUGCAAAAGGCUUUCAAGUGUCCCAAAGAGCAUUUGUAUGUUGAAAUAUCUUGAGGUACUCAAUCUCUCCGGCUGCUGUAAAUUUGAAGACUUCCCAGAGAUCUUGGAGCCAAUGGAAUAUUUGAAGUACUUAAAUUUAAGAGAAACAGCGGUUCAAGAGCUACACUCAUUACUUGAGUUUCUCCCUGCUCUCAAAAUACUUAACCUAGAACGUUGCAAAAGGCUUUCAAGUAUCCCAAAGAGCAUUUGUAAGUUGAAAUAUCUCGAGGAACUCAACCUCUCUUGGUGCUCCAUACUUGAAAACUUCCCUGAGAUUUUGGAGCCAAUGGAACAUUUGAAGUCUUUAAAUUUAAGUGGAACAGCGGUUCAAGUGCUACACUCAUCUGUCGAGUUUCUCCCUGCGCUCAAAAUACUUAAAUUACGAUUUUGCAGAAGCCUUUCAAAUAUCCCAAAGAGCAUUUGUAAGUUGAAAUAUCUCGAGGAACUCGAUCUCUCUUGGUGCUCCAAACUUGAAAACUUCCCAGAGAUCUUGGAGCCAAUGGAAGAUUUGCGGUGCUUAAAAUUAUGUGGAACAGUGGUUCAAGAGCUUCACUUAUCAGGCAAGUUUCUCCCUGCGCUCCAAUGGAAUUCACUGUUCUCCGAGGCAAUGGAAGAUUUUAUGGAAUUAAAAAGCCGUUUUGAAAACCACUGACAGAUGUAAACAAGAUCAUAAAUUUAAGGGUAGGGGAACUUAUAGCUUCCAAAAGUUAUGUUCGUGGUCAUACUAUAUAGGCGCAGAACUGUAACCAUGGACAGUGUUCACGCCUGCACUAUCAGCUCGAAAUGUCAUAUGCAACGACGACAUGUUCUCUUUCAAGAUAAUGUGGCAUGAUGGAUGGGUAGUCAUUCUAUCAAUCAAGAUUGCACAUUCACAUAUGACUCAAUUUAAUUGUAUUUAUGGAUGUUUGUAUGUCAAUUGGCCAGCAAAAAAUUACUCCCAAUUACAAAUAAAAUUUUAUAUCUACAAAA